GUUACUGUUAUGUUUUGUUAUGUUAUGUUCUCUCUUUCUCUUUCUUUCUGAAACUUUGCUUUGCAUAAUAAAGAUUUUUCUUCUUCAAGAAGAAGAAGAAGAAGAGAAGAACCGACACCAUUAAUGUGAAGACUCUUAUUUAUUCUUUCACACCGUAAAAGCAGUACCACUUAAAUAUUAUUUUGCCUUAAUUAGUAAUUACUACUCUCAUCUCAUGUGUACGGCUUUUCUUCUCCAACUACCACCAUUAUAAUAACUCUCUCUCUCAAUAUUAAUAUUCCUAUACUCUAAUAUUACUCUACGUUUACUAAAAUAGAAGAAGAAAGUAGACUUGGACUAAUUCCAUUUCUUAAGCAACUUUUCCCAAGGAGCAACUGGGUUGUACUUUGUUUUGGAGUACAUGAGCUAUGGAGUUUGUUUUGGUGGAUUCUAAGCUAUAAUCUUUAACUGGGUCACUUUAGUUUUGAGAGUAGUCUUGUUCAUCAUUGUCAAAAACUGAUCUUUUUUUACAAUGGGAUUGUUUUUCUGGUUUAUUCUGUUACUUCUAUCUGAGGUUAUAUUCCUUCCUUGUUCAUACCAACAACAAACUUCUCAAACCCGAGUCUUGCUUCAACUAAGGAGGCAAUUGGAGAAUCCCAACUCAUUACAAGCUUGGGAAAAUUACUAUGGUAACUUGUGUAACAUUCCUACCUCUGUUCAUGUCAGUAUCUUAUGCCAGAACACUUCAGUCACAGAGCUGAAAAUAAUGGGAGAUAAGGUUUCUAAUGGUGAUGAGUUUAAUGGCUUUGCAAUCCCCAAUCAAACUCUUUCAGAAGCUUUUUCUAUUGAAUCUUUUGUUACUACACUUACAAAGUUAAGCAGCUUGAGAGUUCUUAGAUUAGUAUCUUUGGGAAUUUGGGGACCACUUCCUGAUAAGAUUCAUAGGCUAUCUUCACUUGAACUCUUGGAUUUGAGCUCAAAUUUCAUGUAUGGUUCUGUUCCUCCAAAGAUAUCUACAAUGGUUAAGCUUAGUACUCUAACACUAGAUGAGAAUUAUUUCAAUGGAACUGUUCCUGAUUGGCUUGACUCAUUGUCAAAUCUUACUAUUUUGAGCUUGAAGAACAACUUGUUUCAUGGUGAGUUUCCUGAUUCAGUGUCUAGAGUAAAAACACUUACUGAUAUUUCAAUGGCUGAUAACAACAUAUCUGGUAAGCUACCUGAUUUGAGUGGCUUAACUAAUUUGCGUGUAUUAGAUUUAAGAGAGAAUCAAUUAGAUUCUGAAUUGCCACUACUCCCAAAUCAAUUGAUAACAGUUCUUCUCAGCAACAACUCAUUCUCAGGACAUAUUCCUUCAAAAUUUGGUGAUCUUACUCAGCUUCAACACCUUGAUCUUUCAUCAAAUAAUCUAACUGGGACACCUCCUUCUGCCUUGUUCUCUUUGCCAAAAAUCAGCUAUUUGAACUUAGCAUCAAAUAUGCUAAGUGGGUCAAUUCCAAACAAGCUAAGUUGUGGUGCAAAACUUGGAUUUGUAGAUAUUUCAAGCAACAGAUUAGUGGGUGGAAUUCCUCCUUGUUUGGCUAGUAAUUCAGACAAAAGAUUUGUUAAAUAUAAUGCAAAUUGUCUAUCCAUUGAUUCCAAUCAUCAACAUCAUGGUCCAUACUGCAUGGAAGACAAUAAAGGAAAAAAACCAUCAAAAGGAAUAGUUAUAACAGUGGUUGUUGCUUCCAUUAGUGGCACUAUUCUUUUUGCUGUGCUUAUAGUAUUUGGUGUACUCUUUUUGAGAAGAAGAAAUCAUCAUCAAAAUCAUCAUCAUCAUCAUCCAAGAAAGCCUCUUGAGCAACAACACACAUUGCCUAAACAACAAGAGAAUUCACCAUCAGUGUUUUGUUCUGAUCUUGUUACAAAUGCUAGGCUUAUUUCUCAAGCAGCUAAGCUAGGGACACAAGGAGCUCCAGUGUGUAAAAUAUUUUCUCAUGAAGAGUUGAGAGAAGCAACAAACAACUUUAACAAGUCUAUAUUUUUGGGUGAAGGCUUCACAGGGAAGGUACCCAACAAACUCAAAUGUGCUAUAGAAUUAGAUGUCACACUUGAAAAUUUGCAGAGGGAAAAUCUUUACAAGGGAAAAUUGGAAAACGGAACUUAUGUUACUGUAAGAUCUCUGGCUUUUUCGAAGAAGUAUUCGAUUCAGAACCUCAAAGGCCGGCUUGAUUUUCUCUCGAAACUUCACCAUCCCAAUUUAGUUGCCCUUUUGGGCUAUUGUACUGAAAAUGGUGGACAAGAUUAUAAUGGUGCUAACAAAGUCUUCCUAGUCUAUGAAUAUGUCCCUAAUGGGAACUACAGAACAUAUCUAUCAGAAACUUGUCCAGAAAAAGUUCUUAAAUGGUCUGAAAGACUAGCUAUUUUGAUUGGAAUAGCCAAGGCUGUGCAUUUUCUUCACACUGGGGUUAUUCCUGGUUGCUUCAACAAUCGAUUGAAAACGAACAAUAUAUUGCUCGACGAGCAUCGAAUUGCAAAGUUGAGUGAUUAUGGGAUUUCCAUCAUCAGAGAAGCAAUUGAAAAAGUUGAGGCCAAGGGAGAACGCACAAAAUCAAGCCAUAAGAAAACUGUUGAGGAUGAUGUCUACAACUUUGGAUUUAUAUUACUUGAAUCACUUGUUGGACCAAUAGUGAGUGGAAAAGGGGAGACUUUUCUACUAAAUGAAAUGGCAUCCUUUGGUAGUCAAGAUGGUAGAAAAAGGAUAGUGGAUCCAAUUGUGCUGACCACUUCUUCACAAGAAUCAUUAUCAAUUGUGGUAUCAAUCACAAGAAAAUGCAUAUCUCAUGAAGUGUCAUCUAGGCCAUCUUUUGAAGAUGUGCUUUGGAAUCUACAGUAUGCAGCUCAAGUUCAGGCCACAGCUGAUGCUGAUGAUCAAAAAUCAGAUUCUGCAUCACAGCCUUAGAUAUAUUAGUAUAGACCAAUUUGAAAUGUAAAGGUAAAGCUUAAAAUUGUAAAGGUAUUGCAUAAUAUAUAGAAAUAUAGUUUUUCUUAGGCCAUGAAUGUGGCCUCCUCCUUGAACACCUCUGUUAUUUGAAAUAGUUCUAUAAUAUUUCCAUGUAUAUAUUUAUAAUUUAUUUAAAAUUGUAACAUCCCGCUUCAAACUUUUA